AGCGGUUUCGUGUAACCGUGGACGCAGACCAGGAUCCAUGGGCUCGUUUGCAAUCGGAACGGUAGCAGCUGCAACCACGAGCCUGAUAUUUAUGGUGCUGAUAGCAAGUGGCAAUGCCGCGCUAGCCAGGACGGCGUUCGAGAAGCUCACUGACUACGAUUACCGCGGCACUACCUAUUAUAACGUAAGGAAUCUAUCGUUGUACGAGUGCCAGGGAUGGUGCAGAGAGGAGGCAGAAUGUCAGGCCGCCGCCUUCUCAUUCGUCGUGAAUCCUUUGGCGCCGAUGCAGGAUACUGUCUGCGCGCUGCAAAACGAAACGGCCGCCACAAAUCCGGCUGCACAGCCGCAAAGGGCCGCUAAUAUGUAUUAUAUGACAAAAUUGCAAAUAAGAUCUGAAAAUGUUUGUUUGCGGCCAUGGGCUUUUGAACGCAUUCCAAAUAAGAUGAUUCGCGGGUUGGAUAAUGCAUUAAUUUACACGUCCACGAAAGAAGCUUGUCUCGCAGCAUGCUUAAACGAGCAUCGCUUCACUUGUCGUUCUGUGGAGUAUAAUUACGUAACGCUUCAAUGUCAUCUGAGCGAUUCAGAUCGUCGGACGACAGGUCAAUAUGUUCAAUUUAUCGAUUCGCAGGGAGUGGAUUACUUUGAAAACUUAUGUUUGAAAGGAAAAGAAGCUUGCAAGUCUCAAAGAAUUUUCCAAGUGCCCAGAAUCGGUGUAGCGGACGAUAAAGUUGCGCAAUAUGCGGGUCUACAUUAUUACACCGACAAAGAACUACAAGUUCAAAGCGAGUCUGCUUGCAGAUUAGCCUGCGAAAUUGAGAAUGAGUUCCUUUGCAGAUCCUUCCUUUAUCGCGGUGCUCCUCAAGGAACAGCUUAUAAUUGCCAACUUUUCCAUUUGGACCAUUGGACUCUCCCGGAUGGACCUUCGACGUAUCUCAAUGCAGAGAGGCCUCUGAUCGAUAAUGGAGAACGAGUUGGUACUUACUUCGAGAAUUUCUGCGAAAAGAGUACUGGGCCGUUAGCGGAUCCGCUACCGGUUGUCUUUGAAACAACAGAAGAUUCUACAAUAAAUAAUCUCACCAGAAAUGACAUUAAUUGUGAUAAAACUGGAACAUGUUACGAUGUGUCGGUUGAUUGUAAAGAUACUCGUAUUGCCGUUCAAGUCCGUACGAAUAAACCUUUCAAUGGACGUAUUUAUGCUCUCGGACGAUCUGAAACUUGCAAUAUUGACGUUAUCAAUAGUGAUCUUUUCAGGCUCGAUCUUACGAUGAGCGGACAAGAUUGUAACACUCAAAGUGUACGUGACGGUUUUCAGACUGGAAUUUAUUCAAAUACGGUUGUACUGCAACACCAUUCCGUGGUAAUGACGAAGGCUGACAAAAUCUACAAAGUUAAAUGUACAUAUGACAUGUCCUCGAAGAAUAUUACCUUCGGCAUGAUGCCGAUUAGAGAUCCGGAGAUGAUCAGUAUCACUAGCGCACCGGAAGCACCGCCACCGAGGAUUCGCAUUCUCGAUAGUCGAUCGCGAGAAGUUGAAACUGUACGCAUUGGUGACAAAUUGACUUUCAGAAUCGAAAUUCCGGAGGACACUCCAUACGGCAUUUUUGCUCGCAGUUGCGUAGCUAUGGCAAAGGAUUCGAAAAGCACGUUUCAAAUUAUCGACGACGAAGGAUGUCCCGUCGAUCCUUCUAUUUUUCCCAGUUUCACCCCCGACGGUAACGCUUUGCAAUCUGUGUAUGAGGCUUUUAGAUUUACCGAAUCAUACGGCGUAAUUUUCCAAUGUAAUGUGAAGUAUUGUCUGGGACCUUGCGAACCGGCCGUUUGUGAAUGGGGACGUGAAUCCGUGGAAUCAUGGGGCAAGAGACGUAGAAGAAGCCUUGCAAACUCGACUGAGGAAAAAGGCGAAGACAUGACUUUGUCCCAAGAAAUCUUAGUGCUCGAUUUUGGUGAUGAAAAACAGUCUGAAUUCCUAAAGAGUGAUGCCAGCAUAGAUUUCAAUGAAGCAGACAAAACAGUGACUAUUGUGGAGCCAUGUCCAACGAAAACUUCGGUGCUAGCGCUUGGGGUGACGUGUGCUCUUUUAGUGCUCCUUUAUAUUUCCACGAUCUUUUGUUAUUACAUGAAGAAAUGGCUGACACCUCGCAAAAUGAUACCUUAAAAGACACAAAGGUUUUGUCCGCAAAACGCAUUUAAAAAGUAAACGAAGAAAACGAUCACAAAGAGUACGAGAGUUCAUACAUACAUUCACACACGCAUAUUCAUAUCGUAAGUUAUCAAAAAAUUCAUACUUAGCGAUACUCAUUUGCCCUUCAUUCUUAUAAUAUGUUCAUUUUCAUUAUAUUUGCAACGAAUAAAAUAUGCAUAAGAGGGUAGAAGGUAAAAAAAAAAAUCACCAUUUAAAGGGCACAAUCGUACUAUCAUAAUGCGCAUCAGAAUUGCAGUUUAAUGCAUUAAAUAUUCUACGCAACAUGUUGUCAAGGAUUGUUAUGUAAUGUGAACACUGAUUUUAUCGAUAGUACGGAUGCAUUAUGUCUAAAAAAAAAUAAUUGUGCUCGUUAGUAUAAAUUGACGUUUCCGAAAAAUUGGAAAUAUUUAAAAAUAGAUUGUUUUAUGCGUAAAACUAAGUUUACACAUACAUUAAAAAUUAUUGACACUCGACGAAGAUCACAAAGAUCUCUUGUAUUAUACGUUGAAGACAAAUAUCUACAUAUAAUCAAGAUCGACAACGAAGAUGGUGCCUCGUUAAACUGAAGUAAUAUUCGUACAAGUGUAGCAAGGAAUAAAUUAUGAGUAUCGUAAUUUUCAUGAAGGUGGCGUGUUUCAUAAUGAUAAACGUAAAUUAUAAACGUGUAAUUUAUAAUAGCAAUAUUUUCGUUGGAUAAUACUUGAGACAUAUUUUAUCUAUUUUGCAAUAUUUUAUCUAUUUUGUGGCUGCAAAUACUUAACAACUUAUACUCUUGGUCACUGAAUUGUAUUGAAAUAUUGUUGAAAUAGCAAAUAAUUUUGAUGAUAUAAUUAAAUUUUACGUAUGAGGAAAGCAUUGCUAUAUCAGCAACUACAAUUAAAAUUUGAAUGAAAUUUAUGCAUGCUAAACUUUGGAGGCAUUAUUGCAAUGUUGGCGAUCAACUUUUUUGUGCGCGCGUGCGCGUAUUCAUAUACAUGCAUAUUUCGCGGAGCACACUCGCGACUAAAGCCACCUUGAAAAUGCAAUGAGUAUAGACUUUAUUUAAGAGUAUUCUUAGAAACAGCUAACUAUCUUCUAGUAGCUACUUCUGAUCGGGUUGCAAGGAGAAAGGAACGAGCGAACGAAUUUAUUUUUCGUGUUGCUCGAGAUGAAAUUUCCGGUAUCUUUUGAAUGGUUGAUGUAGCUUUGGUUACUGUUUGCAGUAUAAGGAAAUCAAUUUGUAACCCGCAUCAAGACUAGCGGUAUUUAAAGGUUCACGCUUCACUAACGUUUUUAAUGAUAUAAAUAGCAUUAAGAUAGUGAUAGUGAACAUGUAAGCAUAGAUACAAGAAAAGAAAAGAGAAAGAAUGCGAGAAGAUUUUUUUUUUCCGGAUUUAGCGGAUUCUCGAAGUGGUUCAUACUUUACUCAUACAUUUUUAAAUAAAUUUAUAAAGAAAAAACUACAAAUGAAUUAUAUUCGCAUAUAUAAUAUAAAUUUUCCAUUUUCAAUAACAAUAUCGAAGCGAUUAAUUGCGAUGUUAAAAUUAGCUGCAAUAAUAACGACAAUAGUAAUCAAACUGAGAAAAAUGUUUUAAAGUACCAACUUCUUGCGAGAAACCCUGUUGAGAUUCACAAGCAAGAGUAUCUCUAUUUGUGAAACUCAUACUGGUAUUGGAAAUAAAAAAUACUCAAGCAUUCGGUUACUUAAAUGUGAAUUGUCUUCUGCGUGUUUAUGACUGAAGCUUGAGAGCUCUCAAAAUUUUAAUCAUACAUGUUUAAAGUGUUAAACAAGAAAUACUGGAGGUAUAACGUAAAUACUAUCGGCAGCAUGAGUAACCGAGUGAAAUUCAUUAAGGACAAUCAUAUUUUCUUAGUUUAUCAACUUUAUUCUUUUAAUAAACUCACUAUUCUGCGCUAAAUAUUUUUUUCUGAUUUUAAUUUUUCAGACAUUAUUAUGAACGAACAUUAUGCAACUAUCUAUUUUGAAAAUAAAAUUUCUAUAUCAUAUUGAAAAUAAAUAUAGACAUCAUCAUGCGUUGAAUUAAUUUACGAGAUAAAUGUCGAAAUGAGAGAAAUCACUCAUGACAGCAGGAGUAAAAAUAUUUAAUUUGAAAAAGUUGACUCCAGAAGAGUGGACUUUAAAAUUGCUUCAUUUCCGUCACUAUUAAUUAUUAAAUAAUGGAUGAUAUAUGUAUUUGUUUAUUUGAAAUAUUAUGACGACGUAUUAAUUUGAUACGACAAGCGAUUCUUCCUGCGAUAGAGACGUUACGUAAUGAUUCAUAAACAGUAUAAAUUGGAUUGACUAAAUUAAACCUUCCGGUUAAGGUGCUUGCUGUAAAGGGGUCACACUUUCAAAAAUAAAGUAUUAUUUAAAUUUAAAAGAACGAUAGAGGAUUAAGAAGAUAUCAGCUAAUAACUUCAUUAAGACUUUAUUUUAUGAAAUCUAGAUAUAUAUUUCAUAAAAUUUACUUUUAAAUCUACAUAUUAAUGAAGCUAUCAGCUAAUAAAAAAAUAUUUAUGUUGUAUUAAAACAGUGCUAAGUCAUCUAAAAAUAUUACGAAAGGUGUGAUCCUUUGCGGUUUAUAAAACAGUUUACAAAAUGUAUAUAUUAUUAAGACAGACUGCAAUAGACAUUCAGAGAUAAAGACACAUACGCAUCAAUUAUGCAUCAAUUACAUAUAUUUGUACCCUAUUUAUAUACAUGAAUGUUUCAGUAAAUAAACUCAAAUCAGUUUUGUCA